GAAGAAGAAAUAACCAGGAGGAGUAGAAGAAGAAAAAGAAGACAGCCGCGAACAUGGCAGAGUUCGGUUCGACCGGCCUGCUCGCGGUUCUGUUGUUCUUCAUGGCUCUCACACUGCGGGACGUAUAUAUCGGCAGGUCGAACCUGCGGCCCGGUUCGUCCCCGGACACCGAACUGAACCCAGAGCCGAGUUCCGAGACCGGGAAACCACCCAAGGCCGCGCUGUACACCGGGCCGAUCCUCCGGUUCCGAUACUGUACCUCCUGAGGGUACAGUAAAGUCUUCCAGGAAUAUUCCCACGCCAUCAGCCAGGUGUAUCCAGACAUCCGUAUCCAGGGAGAAAACUACCCCCCAACCCCCUUCAACAGGUACGUCGGUAACCUGAUCUCAUACCUGAAGCUGCUUUCCAUCCUCCUCAUCAUCAGCGGUCAGAACCCCUUCCCCCUCCUCGGCUACGACACCCCUGCGUUCUGGACCUGGACUCAGAACAACAAGAUCUUCUCGUGUCUGAUGGCGUUCUUCGUCUGUAACAUGAUGGAGACACACUUCCUGUCUACGGGAGCCUUCGAGGUCACUCUGAAUGAUGUUCCUGUUUGGUCGAAGCUGCAGUCCGGUUACGUCCCAAACAUCCAAGAGAUGUUCCAGAUCCUUGACACACACCUAAAGAUGAACUAGGUAGAUCCCAGGACCUUCGCCUCUACUUAGAGCUGCUAGACAGCUGUGCUAUGUUCAGGUGUCCUGGCUCAAUGGGAUGUUCAGCUCCUGGCGUUAAUGAAGGCACAGCCUUAAAGCAGACUCUGCCGGGCCGUGCCAGAUGUCCCCGCCUACAGGCAAGAGCUCCCAUGAUGCACUGGGUCACCACACAGCGCGACUGCAGUCACCUGAUGAAACAAAAACCUGAGGAUGUCGACUCGUCUCGCUGUCCAAAUGUUCACCUGUCAUUGGUCGAAAUGUUUUGCUGGAUGUUGUUGUUUACUUCCUGCUUUUUUAAGUGCUGAUCCACCUCAUGUUCGGACUGGUCCUGGUACUAAUGGAUCAAUUCAGCCCAAUUUCCUUUUGUUCUCUAAACUACUUUUUUUUUUAAUGUUUCUGCUUUAAUUGUGAAAACAGG